AGCUCUUUUCUAGUUACUGUCUUCACUUUUCGGGAGUUUUAUGAAUUUUUAAUUUAAGUACAAUGUAAUCAGCUGAUACCUACAUAGAUACGAGUAUGUAGAGGUAAAAGUGAAAAUAGUAGAGCCUUAUCUUUGUUACCUCUAUUUUCAAGUAGAUAUUGUAGGUGGCAAUAAUUCAUCAAUGAGAGUAUUUUAAACUCCAUCUACGAUAUUUCACUAAUUAAAACCUUAAUACAGAAAUGCAUGAGAAAGUAGGUAUGCAAUUAGUGAGUAUUUAAUGAACUGAAAUGAAUGAUUUUUGAGCAAGCAAGUUUUAAGUUCUGCGCAUACGAAUCAUACUGAAUAACGCAUUAUAGGUACCUACGUACAUACAUGUUUUGUUUUUAGUGUGUCAAUUUCAACCGUUGAGUUGAGUUGUUAUAAGUUUGGUAUCAUAAACACGAUACGAAAAUUCCACUUUGUCUAAGUAUAUUUAUACCUAAUGGAUAUGCGUUGGCCCUUAUGCCACACGACGAACCUACGUAAGUAUGGAUUGUGAUAUAAUUAUGCAGUUGCGUAGGAUUAGUCGGAAAUAAGAAAUGUCAGGCAAAAACCAUACAUGUUUGACACAGUAUACCUAGUAUACCUAGCUACUUUUCUAUUACUUUAGUUUUGGUAUGAUGAUAAAAACAUACUUAUCUUCUUUUAAUUUCAAACAUUUUAUAACAAUAAUUUAUGUAGGUGCAGAGUCUCUACAAUCUAUAAUUAUUAUUAUCAUAGUAUCAUAUAAAUUAUAUACAUAGGUAUAUACGACAUACGUAUACACAUUUUGCUGCGAUUAAUUUACGUAUUUAUUUCGCUUUUACUAAAACCCUAGGUACUUCCGCAGAUUGCUGCAUUUACAACCAAAUGACUAUAGAAAGCUGCGAAGCGCAUAAUAUAAACCCGCAUCGCAAUAGGUUGUUUCACCAUUGUCUCGCCAAACGUCCUUCCAGCUUCAAGUGCCAGAUAAUACAUUUUCAUAAAGAAAUCACCACUGUUCGUGGGGUAUAUUGAUUGUUUUCUAUGAUACAUAAAUAAUUCGUGAUUGAAGUUCGACAAGUGAAGUGUGCCAUGGAUGCCCAGCAAUUUCGGGAGUGCGGGCGAGCGGUAAUCGACAUGCUGGCCGAUUACUACGAUAACAUACGGAACAGAAAAGUUUUGCCAUCUGUAGAACCAGGAUAUUUAAUAAAAACUGCACCUGAGAACGCCCCAGAGCAGCCAGAGAAAUGGGAACACGUCCUCAAAGAGUUUUGUGAAAUAGUGAUGCCCGGUGUAACACAUUGGCAUUCACCGCAAUUCCAUGCUUACUUUCCCCACGGAAGUUCAUUUGGCAAUAUAAUCGGAAGUCUCCUUAGUGAGGGAAUAGCGGUAAUGGGCUUUACUUGGAUAGCGAGUCCUGCGUGCACUGAGUUAGAAGUUGUAACUAUGAACUGGCUUGGAAAGUUAUUGGGUUUACCUGAGGAAUUUCUAAAUUGCUCUCCUGGACCUGGCGGCGGCAUUAUACAGGGUUCCGCUAGUGAAGCAGCUCUCGUUGGAUUAUUAGCUGCCAAAGAUAAGAUGGUUAGGAAGCUUCUGCGUAGAGACCCAGACAUAGACACGGAAUUAAUAAAAACAAAAUUCGUGGCAUACGCCUCAGACCAGUGCAAUUCUUGUGUCGAAAAGGCCGGAGUUCUUGGCUCUAUGAAAAUGAGGCUUUUACAAAGUGAUUCUAACUGUAAAUUGCGGGGAGAGACAUUAAGAAAAGCUUUCGAAGAGGACAAAGCUAAAGGUCUCAUACCAUGUUAUGUUAUCGCCAACUUAGGUACUACAGGCACUUGCGCUUUUGACCCGCUCUAUGAAUUGGGACCAGUUUGUAAAGAAGAAAGUGUGUGGUUGCAUGUUGAUGCUGCCUAUGCUGGAGCCGCAUGUAUCUGCCCCGAAUACAGAUAUAUUAUGGAAGGGAUAGAGUACGUAGAUUCUUUCGAUGUGAACGUACACAAAUGGCUUCUUGUAAGUUUUGAUUGUUCAGCUAUGUGGGUUAGGGACAGUUUUGAUUUAAUCAAUGCGUUUGAUGUACAACGCAUAUACUUAGACGAUGUUAAAUCAGAUGCAAAUGUGCCUGGAUCAGAAGAAAUAGUACCAGAUUACCGGCAUUGGCAAAUGCCUCUAGGUCGCAGGUUUAGAUCACUUAAAUUAUGGACUGUAUUAAAAAUUCACGGUGCAGAAGGUCUAAGAAGUCACAUCAGAAAUCAUAUCACUUUGGCAAAACAUUUUGUGACAUUAGUACGAGCAGAUGAAAGAUUCGUAGUGGAACCAGAACCAGUCAUGGGGCUAGUUUGCUUUAGACUUAAAAAUGACGAUAGUUCAACUAAACAGUUACUUAAAAAUCUAACGGCUAAAAAAGAAAUAUUUAUGGUAGCUUGCAUGUACAGGGGUCGAUAUGUUAUUCGAUUUGUCAUUUGUUCGAGACUUACUACAAAAGAAGAUGUUGAAGUAAGUUGGAAUAUCAUUGCCAAGGAAACCAGUCUCAUAUCCCGCCCUACUCAGGAAAAAAAGGCAAUAAAAGCUGCAUCCAAGGAGCCACUAUACUAUCACAAAAAUAUACCUAUGGAAACCGUAAAUAAUUUCUAUGAAAGGUCUAAGUAGGGGAUUCUUCAUAGUCCCCUAUUAGAUAAUGGUGUAUGAAGCUAAAGCUCCUGAUUUAAAGUAUACCUACUAAUAAUGAAAA